AUGACGUUUGCAUCGGAAUUCGAGAUUUUGUGCAGUGAGCUCUCCAUUCUUUGGCUUCGCUUCAAGCUAUGGGGACAAUCAAUCGGCCUGGAUCUGGACCUUUUCAAUGACAUUCAGUCAACACUGAGCUCGCUACCAGAUGUGCAAUCAACCAUCGUACAAGGCGUCGGCAAUAUCGUUCAUCUGAUGACAGAAAUCGAAUCGAUCAGAUACAAAUAUGAAUUUCGACCACCGCUUAUUUCUGAUGCAACUCAACCCAACGAGAAAGCCCUUCUUCGGUCGACCAUUUCUUUGAGUGCAUUAUCGAAUACCCGAGCCAUCAAAUCAUUACAACAACGAAUUCGAGAUAACCAGAGGCAAAAGUCCUACUUCACUAUCGUGAAAUGGACCAUUUGUGAUGCAAAGAAGUUUGAGGACAAAGUCAAGCAAUUGAAGAUUCUGAUUGAUGGUCUCGAAGAUGUCUCUCUGGCUGCCAAAGUCACUCACCAGCUUCCUGCUGCCGUGACAAGUGAAGAUCCAGAUCCACCACCAUACUCUGUCACGUUAUCUCAACAAUCAGCUUCCUCCUCCAAUACCCAAGCAACUAUACCUUCUCCGGAUCAAAUUUCGCCCCCAAUCCAUAGCCAACCAUCUAUGCCAUCUCCUGACUCGAUAUUAUUACAUGAUCCCGAAGUAGCAGCUCACUACACCGCAAUGCUCCAACACUGUGCCCUCCCCUCGGGCCCUCAAAACCAACCACGAUGUAGAGCCCGCGACAAAAUGACCCGACUCUCGGACCGCCAAUUCAAAGAACUCCGAACAGACGUCUACGACGAGCUCUUCCGGCGGCAAUUCGAAGGAUCCACACCGUCCUCUCUCCAAAAAGAUAUCCGUUAUCACCCAAAACGAAACCAAGCCCGAGAGAAACUUUCCACACUCCCUUCCCACCGAUUUAAAGAUCUGGUUGUCGACGUCCUCUUCGAGCUGGAAAGGAGAUUCCCAGCCUUACAGGGAUCAACGUCGCCUGGUGUAUCGGUAUUAUUGAUGAGCUCAUUUUCCGCACCAAGUUUGGAACUGUGUGGUACUCAACGAAGCAGCAUUCCCCCUCCCCCUCUCCAAGACCGAGCCACUCACCCAUCAACUCUCCCACCCACCACUCCCUCUCCUGACCCCUCACCAUUAUUAUCCCGAUAUAGCCAACGCCCCUCCGAAAUCAGCGAGCAACAGUCUCAAAUUGAAGGAGGAGGAGGAGCAGCGUCUCGAGGAAGCGCCGAAAUCUUCAAAUCAUUCCGCGUCAGCAUGACAGACCCAACAUGGAAAGUCCUACCCGCCGCCCUGAGAAAAUACAACAUCGAGGCUUCUGCCGACGAGUAUUCGCUGUACGUCAUGUAUGGAGAUGUGGAGCGGCUUAUGGGGCUCGAUGAGCAGCCGCUUGUCGUGUUCAAGGAGCUGGAUCGGAAGGGGUUGAAACCUAUGUUUAUGCUGAGGAAAUUGAAGGGGUGUGAGGUUAUUGAGCCUGGGAAGUCUCGCGUAGUUGAUUCUGAUGCUGUUUUGUGA